GUGUGGCCGGGCCGCUCGUCCCUCGCCCGGGAUGUCCUUCCCGCAGCUGGGCUACCCGCAGUACCUCAGCGCCAGCCAGGCCGUCUACGGCGGCAGCGACCGGCCCGGGGUGCUGGCCGCCGCCGCCGCUGCAGCCGCCGCCGCAGCCGCCGCCUCGGGCCGUCCGGCAGGCGCCGAGCUGAGCAGCGGCUCCACCGCCGCCGUCACCUCCGUGCUGGGCAUGUACGCCGCCGCCGCCGCCACCGCCACCGCCGCCGCCAGCGGGCCCUACGGCGCGCCCAACUACAGCGCCUUCCUGCCCUACACCGCAGACCUCGGCCUCUUCUCGCAGAUGGGUUCCCAGUAUGAACUGAAGGACAAUCCAGGAGUCCACCCUGCCACUUUUGGUGCUCACACCACCCCUGGUUAUUACCCAUAUGGACAGUUCCAAUAUGGUGACCCUGGAAGGCCCAAGAAUGCGACCCGGGAGAGCACCAGCACUUUAAAGGCCUGGUUGAAUGAACACCGCAAGAACCCCUACCCCACCAAGGGCGAGAAGAUCAUGUUGGCCAUCAUCACCAAGAUGACCCUCACCCAGGUCUCCACCUGGUUCGCCAAUGCCCGGAGGCGGCUCAAGAAGGAGAACAAGGUCACUUGGGGAUCACGGAGCAAAGAUCAAGACGACGGGAACCUCUUCGGGAGUGACAAUGAGGGGGAUCCUGAGAAGAAUGAAGAUGAUGAAGAAAUAGAUCUGGAAAGUAUUGACAUUGACAAAAUAGAUGAAAAUGACGGGGAGCAGAGCAAUGAGGAAGAGGAAGAGAAGGUGGAGCUCUUAAGGCAAAGUAGUGAAGAGGAGCAUCUGGAGAAAGAGAAGGCUUUGCCGCUGUCCGGGCCAGAAGGACUUAAACCCAAAGAAGCCCUGUCCCUGGUAAAGGAGGUCACAGACAACCCUACCCAACUCCUAAACUCCAACAGACAAAAUAAUCUGCAAGGACCACCUCACCACAAACCCAAAAUCUGGUCAUUGGCAGAGACUGCAACAAGCCCUGAUGGGGCCCUCCACAAGCUGACACCUCCUUCACCUCCCACCCAGGCGAACCACACAUCCUCCCAGCUCCAGCACCCAGCCUUCCUUCCCAGCCAUGGACUUUACACCUGCCAGAUUGGCAAGUUUCAUAACUGGACUAACGGGCCAUUCCUCACACAGAGCUCCUUGUUAAAUGUGAGGUCCUUUUUGGGAGUUAACCACCACCACGCUGCACAUCACAACCACCAUCUCCAGGCCCAGCCACAGCCGUCCAUGUUAACAGCGUUCAGCACCGAAAAGCCAUCAGAAAGGACUAGCCCCAAACACAUAGAAAGAGAAAACAUCCCGAGGACUGACUCUCCGCCUCAACCAUUAAAAUCCCCCUUCCGGGCUGUCCGGGACAACUCUUUGAGUCAGCAAGAGGGAACAUCGUGAAUUUUAACAACUCUUCCUUCUGCUUGAUUAAUUUUUUUUUGAGUGGAAAAGAAAAUUUCGUAGACUGUUCUAAAGGACAGAACAAAAAAAUGGGAAUGCUCUAAAUGACUCCCAUCAAUCUCGUUUUUGCAAUAAGGUGGUACCAAUCCAUUAAAAAUAGAUUUUUCCAGCUCCCUAACUGGAUUAUCCCCUUUUUUCUGUUCUUCCAUCUCCAGAAUGUGUAAUUCUAACCAUGACUGGAUCACUUGUUUUUUUGGUUAAGAAAAUUCUCAUGUGUUUGUGUUAUUUUUUCUGUAUAUAAAGUGAUUUCAAAUUGUAAAUAUUACCACAGCAAAAACUUGUUGAAAUCAUAUAUUUUUAUCUAAUAAAGAAAAUGAAAUUAU